AUGUCCACAAUCGAAGUCACUCAUGAAGCAGAACUCUGGGACUGGCCCCUGCAAUCGCAUGAAGGAGUCGUUAAGAUCGUGAACACCAACGACAAGUUCGAGGUUGGACUUGACGCUCAGUUCUUCUCGCCAAAGGAUAUCGAAGUGAAAGUUUGCGGACAAGAUUUGCUGAUUCACUGUAGACACGAG